UUCCGCUGCAGUUUUUGUGCAUUUUACAACAGCACAAUGUGAUGGCAUUAGCGAAUUGAUGAAUAGCGGAAAAAUACGAUUCAUAUGCCAAAAUAAUUGUGGAAAACUAUUUCGAUCACUUGUAAACAAAUAUGUUUUGCCUCCAGGGUCGGUCAUCUGACAGUUCUUGCACGCGACCUAUAGCAUCCCCAACGCUGAUUAACACUGAGUCAAGAUACCACGAGUGAGUCGACUGGUUCUUCUAAAAAGGUCUGUUGUUUCAGGCGCAGGCGCUGAACAACGCCGUCGCGGCGGCAGCUUCGACUUCCGGAUGUUGGCACCCGUGCGUGAGGCCCGAAGCUGCAGGGACGACGGCUGGUGCGAUGAGGAGCAGCAGGAGCUUCGCCACCAUGCGAACGCAGCAGCCGGGGUCGAUGCCCGAGUACCAGAUCGACCCGUACGUCAUCUUGGAGGACGAUCUCAAGGACGUCUACGAUUACAUCAGAAGCGCAUUGAGGCGAAACACAUUCCAGGAUAAUUUAUAUGAAAUAGCAACUUAUUAUUUCGAUGGGCAUGGGAAAGCGAUAAGGCCCAUGAUAGCCAUAUUGACGGCGAGGGCCAUAAACUAUCACAUGUACAAGCGAGAAAGUGAUCUUUUACCAUCGCAAAGGGAAGUAGCGAUGAUAGCAGAAAUGAUCCACACAGCUUCACUGGUCCAUGAUGACGUCAUAGAUCAGUCGGAUUUUCGAAGGGGUAAACCUAGUGUAAAUGUCAAAUGGAAUCACAAGAAAGUCACUAUGGCAGGUGAUUUCAUUCUGGCAGUAGCUUCCAUGAUGAUAGCUAGGUUAAGGAAUAACGAGGUCACAUCAGUUUUGAGUCAAGUAGUAACAGAUCUAGUCCAAGGAGAAUUCAUGCAAUUGGGUUCCAAAGAAACCGAAAACGAACGAUUCGCUCACUAUCUAACAAAAACUUACAGAAAGACGGCUUCGCUGAUUGCCAAUUCUGUCAAAUCGGCAGCCAUUUUAGCAGAAGCCGACGAAAAAGUAACAGAAAUCGCGUUUCAAUACGGCAGAAAUCUCGGUUUGGCCUUCCAAUUGGUAGACGACCUCCUGGAUUUUGUGUCUUCAGCGGAAGCCAUGGGAAAGCCUACUGCGGCUGAUCUAAAGCUGGGUUUAGCCACGGCGCCAGUUCUCUUUGCUUGUGAGAAAUUCCCCGAGUUGAAUCCGAUGAUAAUGCGCCGUUUCCAAGAACCCGGAGACGUCGAGAAGGCCUUCGAGCUAGUCCACAAGUCCAGGGGUCUGGACCAGACCCAGUUCCUGGCGCGCCAGCACUGCCAAGAGGCGGUCAGGCUGGCCAACCUGCUGGCCGACAGUCCCUACCAGAAGGGGCUCAUAGUGGCGGCGGAUUUCGUCUUGAAUCGCAUGAAAUAA